UUCUAUAUUUACUCAACACGUAAACAAUUUUUUGAGUUUCUUUUUGCAAAAAGUCAAGCAUUUGUUUUUAACAUAUGUCUACAUAGUUGACCAACAACAAGAUCAACAAAAUAUGAUACACAGUCUGUUCAUAGUUAACAAUAGCGGUGAAGUCUUUUUGGAGAAGCAUUGGCGGUCCGUUGUUUCUCGGUCCGUUUGUGAAUACUUUCUCGAUGCUCAGCGUGCCGCUCCCUACGAUGUGCCGCCCGUUAUUGCCACACCCCAUUAUUACCUCAUCACCGUGCAGCGGGAUAGUGUUUCCUUGGUAGCAGCCUGCAAGCAGGAAGUGCCCCCUCUGUUUGUCAUUGAAUUUCUGCAUCGUGUGGUGGAUACCUUUCAGGACUAUUUCAGCGACUGUUCAGAGUCUGUGAUCAAGGAUAACUAUGUGGUUGUCUAUGAGCUGCUCGACGAGAUGCUCGACAAUGGCUUCCCCCUGGCCACCGAGAGCAACAUACUCAAAGAGCUGAUAAAGCCACCCAACAUAUUAAGAACCAUUGCGAAUACAGUCACCGGCAAGAGCAACGUUAGCACUAUUUUGCCAUCGGGUCAGCUGUCGGCCAUACCAUGGCGUCGCAGCGGCGUGCGGUAUACCAACAACGAGGCCUACUUUGAUGUUAUCGAGGAGGUGGAUGCUAUCAUUGACAAAUCCGGCUCCACAGUCUUCUCUGAGAUUCAGGGACACAUUGACUGCUGCAUCAAGCUGUCUGGCAUGCCGGACUUGACGCUAUCCUUUAUGAAUCCACGUCUCUUUGACGAUGUCUCCUUUCAUCCUUGCGUACGCUUCAAGCGCUGGGAGGCCGAGCGCCUGCUCUCGUUCAUACCGCCUGAUGGCAAUUUUCGUUUAAUGUCCUAUCACAUUAGCUCACAGUCAGUUGUGGCUAUACCCAUUUAUAUACGGCACAAUUUCUCAAUUAAGACCGGCGAGCAGGGACGUUUGGAUUUGACAAUCGGGCCGCGCAACACGCUCGGACGCACCGUGGAUAAGGUGAAGCUGGAACUAACGAUGCCCAGGUGUGUGCUGAACUGCCUCUUGACGCCUAAUCAGGGCAAAUACACAUUCGAUUCGGUAAGCAAAACGCUUGCAUGGGAUGUCGGACGCAUCGAUGUGUCGAAGCUGCCCAAUAUACGAGGAUCGGUCUCAUUAACACCCGGCACCCCGAACAUCGAUGCCAAUCCCUCCAUCAAUGUGCAAUUCCAAAUCUCGCAACUUGCUGUAUCCGGUUUGAAGGUGAAUCGACUGGAUAUGUACGGCGAGAAAUAUAAGCCCUUCAAGGGCGUCAAAUAUUUAACCAAAGCGGGCAAAUUCCAGGUGCGCAUGUAGCUGCAUGCCCCACACGCCACGCCCAGCUCGCACGCCCCAUCUCAGCUACUCAGCUUUAAUUAAGUGUAAAACAAAAAGAAGUGAACUCCUGAGUCAAAUGUUCCACAUAUGUGCAUAAUUGCACUGCUAUUUUCCAUUAUAACUAAAAAAACAUAUUUUAUUUUAUGCUAUGCCAUCAUAAAGCGAAGAGAAAAGGAAAAAGAAUAGAAAGUCGUGUGUGUACCGAAACCAACAUAUUUUGUAUUCAUCCUAAUUCGUGCUAAUCUCUGUGCAAGCUUAUUUUAUGAUCUUGAACAGCUUAAGAGUUGUGUGUGCCAG